AAAAAAAAAAAAGAGAAGUAAUUGAGCGAAGGAGCAAGAAGACAGUAGUAGCAAACUGUCGAGCAAUUAUAACCUGAAGAACAAAUGGCAUCGCCACCGCCACCAAUAUCGCCGCCUUCCGCCUCAAAUUCCGGCAAUUCCGCCUCUCAUUUUCCUCCGUCAAAGGUUGAAGAUGGCAAUAACAAGAACAGCACUGUCCUCAAUGUGCUCGAUGAAAUGCCUCACUCACCCCAUUUUCAGAUUCUUGAUAGUGAAGAAUACAUGGACAAAUAUAGAAAGUAUGAAGGGGAUUACACUCGUAGAUUGAUGUCGAAAUACUUCUCUAAGCAGAAUCUUUAUGGAGGAAACAUAUUUGACGAUAAAAAUACCUUUGGUGACGAGACUAUACUGUCAAGCAGAUGGCCUUGUCUAAGAUCAUUUGCAGACCCAGUGAAAAGUUUUGAGGAACAGAGAAAUGUCGGUUCAACAUCUGAAACAUGAUUAACAUCUCAUAUAUGGAAGUACCCACUAAUGAAUGGCUGAUUCAACAGCUGCUUCCCGUCAAAUAUGGUAUUAUACUAUGUAUAUAACUUGAUAUUAACGUUGCUGACAAAGAUGCAAAAGAAAUGACUAGAACUUAUUCCUAAA